CAGACGUCUCGUUUUGUGACCACGAGCAAUGGGUUGUGGUCAUGUUGCAACCCCUUGUCCCACCGGUGUACGGAACUAAUUACCUGCCUACCUACCUGCGACAACUAGAAGGUGUGCGGACUUGAACAAUAGUCCGUCUCCCCAUUCCUUAAUACCUAAAUCGGCAAACAGAACUUGGAAGUUUGCGCUACCCCCCAGGCCAUUUGGACAACACAUGGCUGCAAAAGCGCAAAGACAAGCACCGACCAAGCCAAGCUCGAUAAGCAGCAGCAUCAGGGGGAUAAGGGGUAGCUCUAAUCAACAAGCACAGUUUCGAUCAGACGAUGCAUGCGAUAUAACAGUGCCCCGCGGGAAGCAACGAAACCAAAGCCAAAAAACAUCAGAACCCGCAGUAAUCCGACGUUAGGCGAUAUUUCCCGCAAAUUGAGCCGCCUUUCCCGACCUGCGAUGACCAGCCGAACAUGAAGAUCACAGAUGUGGUCUCGGAGCUGGAGGCCAGCAUGGCCGAGUCACAGAACGCGCGCGACAAGCGCAUGGAGGAGCUCUGGCGCGAGCUGGACCCCAAGGGUGCCGGCGAGUUGGACCUGAAGGAGCUCAAGAGGGGAUUGAGGAGGAUAGACCAUCCUAUGAAGAAUGCGGAAAAUAUGCUGGGAGAUGUGUUCAAGACUGUCGACACCAGCGGAGACGGCAAGAUACAAUACGAAGAGUUUCGCACAUUUGUCGAGACGGCCGAAAGGCAACUUUUUGCCCUUUUCCGAUCCAUCGACCGGGACAACAACGGGAGGCUAGACAAGGAAGAGCUGCGGUCAGCUUUCCAAAAAUGUGGCCUGACCGUCUCGUCCAAACGGCUGACGGGCUUCUUCAACGAGAUCGACAUGAACCGGGACGGGUAUAUCUCUUUUGAGGAAUGGCGCGACUUCCUCCUGUUUAUGCCGGUACACGACGGUGAUGGUGGUGCUGCUCUGGCGACGGCACUAUCAUUUUACUCUCAGAUCGUCACUAUAAAUGCCGAGGGCGAUUCGCUUGUGAGCGAAGAUACCCUAGAGGGCUUAGGUACGACCAGCUUCCUUCUACACGCUCUCUUCGGUUCUAUCAUUAGGCUUGCCCAACCAUCACCGUCGCUGUCUGGUAAGACAUCUGGACCUUCUCGAAAGUCUUUACAAAAACCCGACCCGAAUGUGGCCUCACAAAUGCCAAACGAACCUGGACAAGACAACCCACCUAUUGAGAGGCCGAUGUCUUCAAACCCAGCCUCGAAAUCGUCACGGCCGUCGGCCUUGACUGCAUCAGCCUCGGCACCGAUUGUGGCACUGCCAGAAAGGGGGGUGGCCGCCACAGACGACCCCUUGCCUGACACAGCUGCUCGAGCACACAGCAAGGCUAUCCUUGACUUGGCCACACAGCACACCGGCGAAGGUUCCAGCUCUGUUCUUAGUCCAGCGGCGCUUGAGGAGGAAGCAGAAUAUGCAUUAUCGGCACCGAAGCAAGUAGAGAAGAAGAAAACCAAGCCCUCCAAGCUGACUGAAUACCUACCUGAACCAGGCUAUUUCCUUGCCGGUGCCAUCGCGGGUGGUGUAUCACGUACAGCAACUGCCCCUCUCGAUCGAUUAAAAGUAUACCUCCUCGUCAACACAAAAGCCAGAACCAGUGCCGAGGCAGCUGUAGCAGCAGCUGCCAAGGGACAGCCCCUGAAGGCUGUCAAGAACGCAGGUCACCCGAUCGCUGCUGCCAUCACCAGCUUGUAUAGGUCAGGUGGCCUGCGUACGUUUUUUGCUGGAAACGGAUUAAACGUCAUAAAAAUCAUGCCGGAGACGGCCAUCAAAUUCGGCUCGUAUGAGUUCGCCAAACGCACCCUCGCAACUCUCGAGGGCCACAGCGACCCUACUCACAUAAACCCUUACUCCAAGUUUGUCGCUGGCGGAGUGGCUGGAAUGGUUGCCCAGUUCUGCGUCUACCCACUUGACACACUCAAAUUCCGGCUGCAGUGUGAAACCGUACAGGGCGGCCUAACAGGAAACGCACUCCUGGUACAGACGGCAAAGCGUAUGUAUGCAACGGGCGGAGUGGCAGCUGCCUAUCGCGGCGUUACUAUGGGUCUCGUGGGCAUGUUCCCGUACAGCGCCAUAGAUAUGGGGACAUUUGAGCUCCUGAAGACGACGUACCGAAGGUACAAGGCGCGGGCGUGCGGGAUACACGAGGAUGACGCGGAACCGGGAAACAUCGCCAUGGGAAUGAUGGGUGCAACAUCAGGAGCGAUCGGAGCGACGAUAGUUUACCCACUCAAUGUGCUCCGGACGCGGCUGCAGACGCAGGGUACAGAGAUGCACCGACCGACGUACACGGGUAUUUGGGACGUGACGACGCGUACGGUGCGGAAUGAGGGCGUGAGAGGCCUGUAUAAAGGCCUGACGCCGAAUUUACUCAAGGUGGCGCCGGCCUUGAGCAUCACAUGGAUCGUGUACGAGAACUCGAAGAAGUUCCUCAAUCUACAGUGAGGGAGCCGGCAGAGGGAUUGAUGAAUAGAGAGAUGUCAAUGGCAACGCAUUCUCUACGUUUCAUCUCGACAAAACCCCGCCGCCUGAUUUAAAGGGCUUUUAGUGCCGCAUAGCGGAGGCGUUAUUUGUUUAAUUUUUUUUGAAACUUUUUUUCCUUUUCACACCUUGUUCCACCCCAGGUUUCCCUUUAGUUAUACGGCUACUAUGACCUAUCACAAAGAGUGAAGGACAAAUGCUGGUAUAGAUACAUGGCAUUUCUCGCGCGCAUGGCGUUUCUCUUCCUGCUUGUACUCGUUCGUAUUCUUUUGUUUUUGCAAGGGGAUUGGUGCACAAAAGGAAGUCAAGAGGAGUAGAUAUAACCUGGGGCUUGGGGAUGUCUUAACAAUUGGGUGGAUAGGCCAAUAGCGAUAAAUCUUGGUUGGUAUUUUUCGAUACAUUGCUCUAUAGACCGUUUAGGCCAAUUAAUCUCCGGGCUCGUUCUCCCA